AUGCUUUGGAGGGAGGCGGCCAGAGAAGGACUUGCCCUUCUCGUGUCUAGUAACUGCUUAUGCUUCAACAAACUGUUGCAGGUCCAUGCCAAGAUAGUCUCGCUGGGUCAGCACCAGAAUGUUUUCCUGGCCAGCCUCCUUAUCACCAAGUAUUGCUCCUUUGGUCGCAUUCAAGCGGCCCGUCUUGUCCUCCAUUCUGUCGAAUACAAGCCUGGUCCUCUCUUAUGGAAUUCAAUGAUGAGGGGUUGCUUGAAGAACCGCCAAUUUGGGUGGGCUCUCGAUGUUUACCAUGAGAUGGUAUCCUUUAAGAGUCGAGCAGAUGAGCAGACGUUCCAUCUUGUUAUCAAAGCGUGUACCGAGUUAGCGGAGCUUGAUUUUGCGGUAGGUGUUCAUGAGAGUAUGAAGAUGGGAGGGGUUGAGCUGGGCGCUCUUGUUGGGACUGAGUUGAUCAACAUAUACUGCAAAUUUGGUCGGGUGGACGUAGGGCGUCAAGUGUUUGAUGAAAUGCUUGACAAAGACUCUGUUGCUUGGAAUGCCAUGAUUGCAGGUUACGCACGAAGUGGGUUACUCUACGAUGCCAUGAAAUUGUUCUGCUGCAUGCGAUGUUCUGGUAAUGUGGUUCGUCCAACCGAAGCCACAUUCAUCAGCUUGAUCUCAGCAUGUGGGAAUUCUAGAUGGCUGAUCGUGGGCGAGGUGGUUUGUGCUGAUGUGAUGAAGCUAGGAUUUGAAAAUUUUGUGUCACUAUGCAACUCAAUCAUAGAGAUGUACAAUAAGUGCAAGUGUGUGGCUGUUGCUUCCAAGCUGUUUGACGGAAUGCUGGGUAAGGAUGUUGUAUCAUGGAAUUCCAUGAUCGCAGGCUAUGCACAAAAUGGAUGCGAAAAGGAGGCGCUUCUGCUUUUCCAUCGAAUGCUACGUCAUGCCGCGGUGGUGCCAACUAGAGCGACUCUGCUCAAUGUUUUACGUGCCUGUGCUGAUCUGCGUCUUUGGCAGGAGGGUGAACGGCUAGUGAAAUAUUGCAGAGACAAAGCAGGUUUAGAAAUGGAUGUUUCUCUGGGUACUGCUCUCAUUAGCAUGUACACGAAGUGCAGAAAAAUGAAUGCUGCUCUAAAAUUGUUCAGUAGAAUGCCCGAUAGGGAUGUUAUUACUUGGAACACCAUGGUCAAAGCUUAUGUGGACCUCGAACAAUACAAUGAGCUGUCCAAUUUCUUGUUGAACAUGCAGUGCCAUGGGAUUCUUCCUGACGAGGUAACCAUGCUAAUCAUUCUUCCCAUGCUUGCUUCUACUGCAUCUCUGAGGAAAGGAAAUGAAGCACAUACUUGUGUAAUCAGAAGAGGACUUAAUAGAGAUAGAGCUGUAGCUAAUGCUUUGAUUGAUAUGUAUGCAAAGUGUGGAAAAAUUUCAUAUUCGCGUGCGGUCUUCGAAAGGAUCUUAGAUAAAGAUGUCGUGUCAUGGACUGCUAUAAUAUCAGGCUAUGCAAUACAUGGAGAUUGCAAUGAGGCACUCUCCCUGUUUGCCCUCAUGCAACAGUCGGAUGCUACACCAAAUGACUACACUUUCACUGCUGUGUUAACAGCAUGCAAUCAUGCAGGGCUGGUGGAGAUGGGGAGGGAAAUCUUCCGAUCUAUGAGUGAAGUCUACGGCAUCAAACCAAGCGUGCGACACUGUGCGUGCAUGGCUGAUCUCUUCUGCCGUAUAGGCCUCUUGGCGGAGGCAUAUCAGAUGGCACAGGCGAUGCCUACGGACAGUGCCAAGGUAUGGGGUUCCAUAUUGAGUGCUUGCAGAAUUUACUGCAACCCAGGACUUGCAGAAAAGGUGGCCACGCAUCUAUUCAAAUUGGAGCCGAGGAAUGCAGCAAACUAUGUACUUCUUGCAAGCAUUUACGUCUCUGCUGGUAGAAGAAAAGAUGCUAACAGAAUUUUGAGGUUGCUGAAAGAGAAUGAUCUCCCAAAGGACAGCGGUGCCAGUUGGAUCGUGUGA